AUUCCACGGCCAAUCAGGAAGUAGCUUUCCCUGGCGGUUACGGGGCUGGUCGCUCCUCCAACCCCCCGCCCGUUCCCCGCCCCUGAGGGGAGGAGGCCCUGUCUGGCUCAGCCCCCAGCCGUUCGAGGAGCGGCGAGGCGAGGCGGACGGGAUGGUAGCUGGGUGGGGUGGGAUUUUCAGCUAGAGGAAGCUGGAGCCGCGUCUGUCGCGGAGGCCUCGCUGUGCUCAGGGCAGGCUCAGAAGAUUGACUCUUGUGCGUAUUCCCCCUUGGUGGCAUCAUCAAUUCAUCCUGAAUGCUGAGAGGUAUAGCAGCCCCACCCAUCCCUACUGCACUCAGGAGGAAUAUGUGCUCAAGAUCAGGAAACUUGCUCCGGUAUCUAAGAAGUCUUCUUCUGUGUUGGAACUGCCACCAAAUAUCAGGUCUGUAUGAGCUGCUGGCUGCAUUGCCAGCCCAGCUGCAGCCACAUGUGGACAGCCAGGAAGACCUGACCUUCCUCUGGGAUAUGUUUGGUGAAAAAAGCCUUCAUUCACUGGUAAAGAUUCAUGAGAAACUGCAUUACUAUGAAAAACAGAGCCCUGUACCCAUACUCCAUGGUGCAGCAGCCUUGGCAGAUGAUCUGGCUGAGGAACUGCAGAGCAAGCCACUGAAUACUGAGAUCGGAGAGCUGUUGAAACUACUGUCAAAACCUAAUAUCAAGGCUAUGCUCUCUGUACAUGAUACUGUUGCUCAGAAGAACUAUGAUCCAGUAUUGCCUCCCAUCCCUGAUGAUAUUGAUGAGGAGGAAGACUCAGUAAAAAUAAUCAGACUUGUCAAAAACAGGGAACCACUGGGGGCUACUAUUAAAAGGGAUGAACAUACUGGUGCGAUUGUAGUGGCUAGAAUAAUGCGAGGAGGAGCUGCAGACAGAAGUGGUCUUAUUCACAUUGGUGAUGAACUUAGGGAAGUCAAUGGGAUUCCUGUAGAUGAUAAAAAACCUGAAGAAAUAAUACAAAUUUUGUCUCAGUCUCAAGGAGCAAUUACGUUUAAAAUUAUACCAAGUAUCAAAGAGGAAACACCCACAAUAGAAGGCAAGAUAUUUAUCAAAACCCUAUUUGAUUAUGAUCCUACUGAGGAUAAAGCAAUUCCUUGCAAAGAAGCUGGGCUUUCUUUCAGAAAAGGAGAUAUCCUUCAGAUCAUGAGCCAAGAUGAUGCAACCUGGUGGCAGGCUAGACAUGAAGGCGAUUCCAAUCCCAGAGCAGGCUUGAUCCCUUCAAAACAUUUCCAGGAGAGGAGAUUUGCAUUGAAAAGACCAGAAAUACAUAUGCAGCCACUGAAAAUUUCCAGCAGAAAAUCAUAUGAGGAAACGGUUGAGUGUGAGGAAAUUGAAGAAGAUGCUGAAUGUGCUGGUUACAACAGUGGACCCUACAUAGCUGGUUUUAGGAGAAGCUUUCGUCUUAGCAGAAAAGAUAGAAAGACAAAUAAAUCCAUGUAUGAAUGCAAGAAGAGUGAUCAGUAUGAUACAGCAGAUGUCCCAACGUAUGAAGAAGUUGCACCAUAUCGACGACAGCCUAAUGAGAAAUACAGGCUUGUAGUUUUGGUUGGUCCUGUGGGUGUAGGGUUGAAUGAACUUAAACGAAAAUUGUUGAUCAGCGAUACCCAGCAUUAUGGUGUAACAGUGCCGCACACGACUAGAGCAAGAAGAGGCCAAGAAAGUGAUGGUGUCGAGUACAUUUUCAUUUCCAAGCACUUGUUUGAGACAGAUGUACAGAAUAACAAGUUUAUUGAAUAUGGUGAAUAUAAAAACAACUACUACGGUACAAGCAUAGACUCUGUUCGCUCUGUUCUAACUAAAAACAAAGUUUGUUUGUUGGAUGUGCAGCCUCAUACAGUGAAGCAUUUAAGAACAUUAGAAUUUAAACCAUUUGUGAUAUUUAUAAAGCCUCCAUCACUUGAGUGUUUGAGAGAGACCAGAAAAAAUGCCAAGAUUAUUUCAAGCAAAGAUGAAAAAGGGGCUGCAAAACCUUUCACAGAAGAAGAUUUUCAAGAAAUGAUUAAAUCUGCACAGAUGAUGGAAAGCCAGUACGGCCAUCUCUUUGACAAAGUUAUCGUCAACGAUGACCUCACCACAGCUUACAAUGAGCUGAAAACAACGUUUGACAAAUUGGAAACAGAGACCUUUUGGGUUCCAGUUAGCUGGUUGCAUUCAUAACACUAUAAAUAAGGAAUAUAAAUGAUGAUAGUUAAUAAUCUUUUUAAUAAAGUGCAUGGUUGCCAUUUAAUUGGUGUGAGGGUUUUCUAACUUUGGCAAACUGACAUAUAGUUAAGGACUUGGUGUAAUUGGAAUGCAAGUCAUCUUUUUCUGUAUCUUAAUCUUAUUCAGAAUUCGGGGAGAAUAAGAUCACAUGGAAUCAGAUGAAAUAUACUGCACCCAAAACUACUAAAUGCCUUGUUACCGUUUACAUUUUAAUCUCCAAGUUGAGUUUUGUUAAUGGAGGGUAGCACAGAUAUUAAUACUGAAUGCUGUGGUGGUCUCAAACAUAGCCACUGCCAUAUAAAGUUGCACAUGAGCACUUGGAGGUUAUCAGUACUUUAACUAAGAGAGCUUAAGAGAACUAAAACAGGCAAAAAUGGCAAAUAUUUCUUUGGUUAGGAUGGACAUUAGAGUUUUAACUGGGUUAAGUAUCAAGAGGGGUCGUUUUACUUUCCUAAAAGUGUGAGCUUUAUCUUAUGUGUACAGAGUGAUCCUAGUGUUCAUUUGUAUUUAAAUGUUUCACCAAAAGAGAGAAGCAAAGUAUUCAGUGGCUUACUUGUACAACGCGCUGUAAAAGAGCUACAGUCCUCUGCUGUUACUGUUCUGCUGUGAGUAUGCAGGUCUUGAAACUCUUUGCAUGCAUGCUUUGCGGAACAACAACUUGGGAAUAUUUAUUUGAAUAAGGGAAAAUGUAGGUUAUUUAAAUGUAUAUAAUUUAAAAAAUCUUUCUUUGUGAGUUAAUCUUCUAUAAGAUCAGAGGUAUAUUGGCAAGAAUAGCUGUGUAGUAGUAAGGGUUUGUGGGUUUUUUGUUUUUGUUUUUUUUUUUACUUUAAAUCAACUUCAAACGUCUCUAGUGUCCUUUAAAAUACUUUUAACUUAUUAGCAGAUAAUUAUUAGGGGAAACCUUUGACAUCUGAGUAAGCAGUUGCAAUGCAUGAAUUGCUUUUAUUAAAAAAUACAUAGCAAUAUUUCUUUAGAAAAAUAUGUAACGUCAAAAUGCAUUGUUUUAGAUUUGAAAGCUUUUCAUUGAGUUUAAACUUGUAAACUUCACUACAAAGAAAAUUAUUCACCUUUAACACUGCCCAGAUACAUUUGAAACCUCAGAUAGCUUUCUGUCUAAUAGAGUAAGCAAAUAUAUGGUAAAUCAUGUAUAUUUAAUGUAGGUAACCUUGCAUUUUUCUUGAUUUACUACUGAUAUGCAGCAAGUGAGUACACACGUAAUGAAAGAGUAAAGCAUGUGUAUUAAUUGUGCGAGUGAAUUUGCAUUAUAGGUACAGAGUUUGGAUGAACUUGCUAACUUAGAUCAUCACAUCUGUAGCAUUCAAACAGGAAGCAGAGUUAUUUUAUGUUAGCGUAAAGAAAAAAGAAUUCAGUGAAACUUAUUUUUAUGAAAGGGUUGAAAUAGGAUAUUAAGUUUUUGAAUUUCUCAUCAGUUUGAUAAUUUAUAAAUAACAAAUUACGAGGUGCCUGUAAUUAGAAACACCGUCUUCAUAGAUUAGAUCAACAUUCCAUGUAAAUAUUUUAGUUUAUAUGCUGAUAAAGGCAUCAGUUCUUGGCAGUUGUAUCCUAAAUGCAUAUUUGGCCUUGGGUCAUUGAAUUUGGUUUAAAAUUAGUUGAAACAAUUGAAAUGCAGGAACAACAAAAAGUAAGAGUUUUUGAAUGUUUGUACUGGAAUUAUUGAAAUAUAUUGUCUCUCACUAUUAACACGUAUACUGUAGUUGAACAGCCUAAUGUAACUUCAUACAUAUCUGUCAGAUUUCACUGUUUUUUCUGGUGGACUUAAGGUUGUUUGUAACAUAAAUAACAUCUCAGUGGUUUAGAUUAAUUGCAUGAAAAUCACAGUCAAAGUGUGGGCUGGAGAAAUAUUCUCUAUUUUUUAAUUAUUCAAAAUGUAAUUAUUUUCACAGGGGAAUGUUCUUUAGCAAAUCACUGGAGGCCUGCACCUGCAAGAUGCUGAGUGCCCUUGGUUUCUUUUGCAGACAGCAAUAGCUGAGGGUGCUCUGCACUUCACAGGAUCUGAUCCUUUUAUAUCAGGGGAGGGUCAGUCUUGUUAAACAGUAUGCUAAUACUGCUAGUAAACUGUAGUAUAUCAGACCUCUAUUGUACUAGAUCUUUUAAAUAAGGGAACUAGUUUUGCCCUUUGGGAAACAGACCCUGUAAUGGUCUGAAAACCCUGUUAGAAACAGAGAGGUUCUGGCUGCCCUGCAGGCUUUUUGUCGGUGGUGUGAUGUCCUUUUGAAACAAUGUUAAGACUUAUUCCCAUGUUGGUGGGGUCGAGGAGGGCCUCAUACAAUAUGCUUACUUUGUGGGGUAAUAGACUGAAAGCUCCACAACGCUUUGUUCCUUUUACAGAGAGACUUGCUUUCUGAUCUUCUGUGUGGCAAAGGCAAUAUUUAACACAGGUUGGUCACAUACCUAUUUCCUAGCAAAAAGUUAAUUUAAUUGUACUGGUGGUGAGAGAACAAGGACAAAUGAAAUCAUGUAUACAUACAACAAACAAAAGGAAUAAAGUGUGGGGGAAUCUUUAAGCUCCUAGAAAUAAAGUUUGUAAUGAGUUAUUAAAAAGGAGAAUGGGACAGCCCAUUCCAGUAAAUCUCUCUUUAAAAACUAGCAUUAUUGUUUUCACUAGUGUUCUCACCAAGAAAAGUAGAGGCUGCCAUAUAUGGUACUAGGUCAAGAUAAAAAAUGUUUUAGCUUGAGCGUUUUAUUAAUUGGACAAGAGCGUGCCCAUUUUACUGAAUUACAAACCCACUUGUUGAUAAACUUCCUCCAUUACAAUAAAAAUAAUAUAUUGUGUGUUUCUGACUUGUAAGGUUUUAUGGAUAAAGGUGACAAAACAUGUCUUAAAUAUGCAUAUUCAGUUUGUGCUGUUUGGUUUUUAGAUAAUUGAAUGUUUUUACAUCCAAGUACAGAUAUUUUUAUUGUGUUUUUGCUGUGUUCCAUAGUAAAACAAAUGUUAACAUUUUAUACUAUUGUAUCCAGCUCUAUACUUGAAGUUGCCAUCAAUUCAUACAUUGAUGUCAUGCCUGAAAUCUCAUUUUACCUUCUUAUGCAGAACAAUAAAUUAUUGAUAUAAUCGA